AUGAGGCGCCAUAACAAAGUAUUCGAAAAUGAUAGCAUUCUUACACGGAAAAACCACGGACCAGACAGGGCUACCCACCGGAGACCAGACCAGGGACCAGACAGGGCUACCGACCGGAGACCAAACCAGGGACCACACAGGGCUACCCACCGGAGACCAAACCAGGGACCAGACAGGGCUACCGACCGGAGACCAAACCAGGGACCAGACAGGGCUACCGACCGGAGACCAAACCAGGGACCAGACAGAGCUACCGACCGGAGACCAAACCAGGGACCAGACAGGGCUACCGACCGGAGACCAAACCAGGGACCAAGGUAA